AACUACGUCCAUAUGCUUCAAACUGGUGAAAUCUGGGAUGCUAUCCCUUUCAAGAUUCCUUAGACGAGCUCUUCCUAGGUUCUGCACUACCGUCAUGUCGACCCAAACGAGGGUCCUGCAAUGCGACCCGGCUGCAAUCUCGUUUACCGAGAACGAAGGCCCAGAGAUCACCGACGCCGAAACCCUACGCGCACUGCAAGACGCACGAGACCUGCUGCGAAAGUUGAAGCCUGUGGCGUUCCCAACAGAGACAGUCUAUGGUCUUGGUGCGCUUGCUCUCAAUGCUAGAGCUGCUGCUACCAUCUUCUCCACCAAGGGCAGGCCGCCAGACAAUCCUCUGAUUGUUCAUGUUUCCUCGAAAACGAUGCUGCACCGUCUUCUCCCUCCGUCCUACGAGCUUUCACCUGUCUACGAGGUUCUUAUCAGGCGGUUUUGGCCAGGCCCCCUCACACUGCUGUUCCCGACCGACAGCAGCAUCGUCCCGCCCAUCAUCACAGCAGGCCAGCCCGCAGUCGCGAUCCGCAUGCCCUCACACCCCGUCGCACGCGCCCUCAUCGCCAUCACGGACGCCCCGCUUGCGGCCCCCAGCGCAAACUCGUCAGGGAAGCCGAGCCCCACGCGUGCGGAACACGUCUCCACAGACCUGCGCGGCAAGAUCGAGCUCAUCCUCGAUGGCGGCGCGUGCGGCGUCGGGCUCGAGAGCACGGUCGUGGACGGGCUGCACGCAGACGGGGACGUGCGCGUGCUCCGGCCGGGAGGGGUCACUGUGGAGGACAUCGAGCGCGUGCUGCGCGAGGAGCUGCCGAGUGGGUCGUCUGUGCCCCGUGUUUUGGUGCACCGCCGAGACUACAGGGACGAGGCGAUGGAGCAGGCACCGACGACGCCCGGCAUGAAGUACAGACAUUAUUCGCCCGCCGUGCCUGUUGUGCUACUGCACACGCUGUCGGUACCGCCGGAAAGCACGGACGUGAUGUGCUCAGACGCGUUCCUUGGCUCUCUCAAGGCUCGCUUUCCUCACAACGACACGCUUAAGGUCGGCCUGUUGACACCAUCUGAUUCUCCAUUUCUGGACCACAUCCCUUCAAUAUCUGGUGUUGAGUGGGCAAGGUACCCGCUCGGCCCUGUCGCAGACCCCUCUGUCACAGCCCAGCGGCUUUUCGACAACAUGCUGACAGCUGAGCGAGAUGGUGUGCAUGUCAUCCUCAUAGAAGAAGUGCAGGAGGAACGGGAGGGUUUGGCGGUGAUGAACAGGGUGAAGAAGGCUGCAGGAGAGUCUGUCUGGCUCGAACGGACUACGUAGAUAUGUACUUUGUUUACCGACUAUACUCACUUCUAGACAUUAGACGUCAUGUGAGUCUUCAUAGAUGAUGUAUACCAUACUUGGGCUGACCGGCAUUGCUAGAUCUUAUAGAGACAUUCCAAUGCUAUGAUGGUAAACUUCUUGGUCCAGGCUCAAGAGGCCUCUCCCAGUCAUGAAGGCGCACACAAACACCUCCGUUCACUAGAUCCGCUACUUCAAGUUCUGCCUGCUCAGCAAUCUCGGCGCCUAGCUCACCGCCUCAUCCUCGUCGCCAUCCACCACUGCGUCGGUGAAAGCUAUCAGAGCUACGAAUGCUAUGACAUCGUUGACGAGCCAAUACUAGGGAGUUCGUGCGUUUCCUGCCUAUUUGGGCUGAUGCGUGCAGCCAGGCCUUAAUAUAAAACAAAGGACUUGGUAU